AUGAGAGGCUUAAUCUCAAACGCGAAACUCCUGGCAAGCAGCAGGCCAUGGGCCUCAUCUCUGCGCAGCUACAUCUUGAUUCCGAUGGUCAUUGAGCACUCCUCCCGAGGGGAACGCGCGUACGACAUCUUCUUCCGCCUCCUCAAGGAGCAGAUCAUCUGCACCAACGGCCCCAUCAACGACGACACCUCCCACGUCGUCGUCGUGCAGCUUCUCUUCUUGGAAUCCGAGAACCCGUCCAAGCCCAUCCACAUGUACCUCAAUUCUGACCGUGAAGAAGUGCAUGCGUUUGCUUUACAUCUGUGUGUAUAUUCGUUAACGGGAGACCACAUCAUACAUUUGCUUUACAGCGUUUGCUUUACAUCUGCGUUUUCUUUACAGCGUUUGCCUUACAUUUAG